GGCUCAGGGGUUUGAUUUUAAUUCCACCAAGAGGCUAUUUCAUCAGCUGAAAAUACCUGUCGAUGACAUAUAUAUACACCAUCUUUUCAAGGAAACAAUUGGCAGACGGAGGAAACAACUGAUUAACAGAGAAGACUUGUGGUCAAUUUAUCGAACUAUUGUACACAGACCUGAAUUUAAUGAACUUUUCUGUGCUUACGCUUCAAACACCGAAUUUCUAGAUGACACCCAGCUCCUUGAAUUUCUCAGAAAAGAACGAUAUGAAACUGAAGCUUGUGAAGAAACUGCCUUAGAAAUCAUUCUGAAGUAUGAACUCAUUGAAGAAGUGAGAAAAAGAAGGCAGAUGUCAUUUGAAGGAUUGGUAAGAUACUUGAUCUCAGAAGACUGUUCAGUUUUUAAAAAUGACCUGAAGACCGUCUACCAAGAUAUGAACCACCCGUUAUGUGACUAUUUUAUUUCAUCUUCGCACAAAACCUACUUGAUAACUGACAGGGUAGUAGCACGCAGCGAUUUACAGGGAUAUGCCAGUGCUCUCUUAAAAGGAUGCCGUUGCGUAGAAAUUGACUGCUGGGAUGGCUUAAACAAUGAACCUAUUGUCUCUCAUGCUCACACUUUAACAAGCAAACUUCAAUUUCGUGAUGUAAUUUAAGUGAUAGAGAAGUACGCAUUUAUGGCAUUGGACUAUCCUGUUAUCCUGUCUUUGGAGAACCACUGCAGCCUUAAGCAACAGGAAGUAAUGGCAGACUAUUUAGAAAGGAUUCUAGGUGACAAACUUCUUACUUCACCACUUGAUGAUGCAGUAGUGACUCAACUACCUUCUCCUGAG